GAGCUGCCAACAGGAGAACAUACGCAGACGGAUGGCGUCCACGAAUGGCUGAUGGUACACGGAUCGUUGUAUGGAAUUAGCUGUUUCCGAAGACCCUUCAGGCUAAUAUGACUGCCAUCAAUAGUACCAUUACCUGCUAACAAACUUGAAUAUUGUCAAAAACAAUUCGGAUCCUAAUUUGAGUCAGAUAAAUCCCUUUUUCAAUCGCAAAAAACGCAAUUUCUACGUGGCGACCAACAUUCGACGAUUGUUGGUGAUUGUUUAGCUGUACUGGCUUGUUUAAGUGACGAUAACUCAGACACUUUGCACAGUUAAAUCAUAGAAGGAUCGGCUAAAUCCGAGACGAUUUCUGGCUAAUACGACGAUAUAUAUCUUCUUUUAUGUCACGUUUUGGAAAUUACCAUCUAUCGCAGCGUUAGAAAGGGAGGUCUACGUUUUCAUGUCCGCUAGUCAUUUAUUCACAUGUCCACUGGCUAUUGCUGGGCGGAGUGGCCCUUAUUGAAACUUAUGCUUUUGGGUUUACCUGCACUAACUUUCAUAGGUUUCAGUAUGACAAGACCCGUGGAGGUUAGGGGGAAAAAAUCAACCAUCAUUUGGAAAACAAGAAUUUACAUCAACGUAUCGCGUAAGACAUGCGUUGUAUAUUAAUGAAGUCGUUAACUAGGGCAUACAAAAUAUAUAUAUAUAGUGUCUCACCUUAUAGCUACUACGUGAUAAAUUAUCUGUCAGCGCACGUGUUUUUUUUUCGCAUGAAUUAAAAAACAGUUUUACUAAAGCAGCUGCUUAUUUUGUUCGUUAAGGACUUACUUGAAGAAAUAAUUUAUAAUCCUAUACAUGCUACAACCCCUAUUUUUAUCAUAGUCCGUUGGAGUAUUUUAAGUCUGAGCACUUCUAUUAUAAUGUUUUUUGUACAGCAAUUUUAAUCAGUUAAAAAAAUGAAUAUAAACAUGGAAUCAGAGCGUGUACUCUAUGGGGCAAGGCUGUAGUAUAUUGCAUUCCCGGGCUGGUUUCUACAUUUUUUUCGAGUUGAGCUCACUUCGAGUCGCGAUUGGCAAUUCCGCCAGAUUAGUACAUGAUCUAGCUUAGUUAAAAGGCUUUUAAACAGCGUUCGUUUCAGGAGUCACUUUAUCAACCUUAAUCCAAAAAUACAUGUAUUACGUAAAAACAUUAGCGCCAUUUAGAUUACAAAGCCAGUUAUUCCUUCUGGAAAUAAGACCAAGUCUUAAGCAUGUCAUUUAGGUGAGCCAAACAUGAGAAUGGGAGGGACCCGCAGCUAUUGCUUCAAAGCAGUUUCUCCCCACAUAUACUAUUUUACAUCUUUCACGUUUUCAGAUGCCUGUUACCUUUUGCCGUUAUAGCCGUCUAUAACAUGCGGACACAUUCGGUAGCACUGACCAAAUCGCCGAAUAGCGCUCAACCUAUUUCAAACGCAGGCAUAGACACGUAGAUUUAUAUUAAAGUUAAUUACUGUCUAGUUAUGCUUCAGAGCUUGUUUUAAUGUGUUACAAAUCCUAUAUCGAUUCGACUUCAAACCAACGACAUGACGUCUGCACUAAAGCUCUACUUGCACUGAUCACAUGAAAAUGUGUAGCCAUUCUUGUAGUAUAUGAAAAACUUGUCCUCAUUGCGAGUAACUGAGCCUUGUACGAUAUGCGCAUAUAUCGUGCACGUUUUCAACCCACAUUUGUCACAUAGGUCAAGCUCGUUCGCUCUUUGGUGGAUCACGUUUAGCCAAGCGUUUGCUGACCGGGAGCUAUCUCCUGCAUGUCCAUUGUGGUUGUGAUAGAUGCACGACAUCCAGCGUCGCUUUCGUCGUUUUUCGAAAUCAUAACUUGCGCAUUGUUCCAGCUUCCAGCUUUCACUCUCUGGAACUUUUGCUAUGGCUUUGCUCUAAUCCUGUUCAACUUACCGUGGGCAAGACUCUUUUUCUUUAAACUAUAUUGGAUAGAAUUGGAUCGUGGAAAGAUGGUUGAUGUCGUUGAAGAAUACCUCAUCGAACAGAAAGCUGACGAUACAUUUAUUUGUUUCGGUGACGAACUUCUUGUGGACUCUUCAGCUAGCGUCGAACGCUGCGUCGUUUGCUACAGAUGUCCAUUGAGCCCGCGUUACGUUUCUGUACACUGUCGGAAACACAUUGUCUGUGUAGAGUGUGGUGACCGCCUAAAGACGUGCCCGCUGUGCCGGAGACGCGUGCAAGCCCUCUACCGGCACCUCGAAGCACGAAGGAUUAAUAACAAUGUCAAGUUACGCUGCCCGUUCCACGUGCUGGGUUGCAUGGUCGAGUGCGACGUUGAAACAUGGAAAACCCACAUCCGGGAAUGUCCGUUCGAGGGUGAGGCGUGGCUAUCCCAUCUGCGUCAACGUUGGGCUAAGGGUGAAAAGGGCACGUUCAGUUUCUUCCUUGGGUUUCUUCAAAAAGGGUACCGACGGCUUAAGCUUCGCACAUUCGGUACACUAGGACCGUCCGAAGGAAUCCGACAGAAUGAUGAUUUUACUACUAACAGCACCGAACUCUAAGCUGACCUUCUUAGAGUUUAAAUUCAUUGUGACAACUUCAAUCAUGCAAAGACGGACAACACAAUUUUUGUCUGAUAACGUUCUUGGUCUCCAGAGGCAACAAGAGGAUCUAAUAGCACAAUGGAUACAUAAUUAUGUCAUGUACAUGGAUAAUGGCUAGUAUAGAUAACCAUUAUCAUUACCAUUAUUAUAUCUUCAGAGAUAUAUCAUAAACUUGUUUACUUUUGAUACAAUAUUAAUAUCAGAAACGAUAUUAUUACUGGUAAUUUUAGCCGUGCGUUAGUCGAUCUCUGUUCAGAGCACGAAGAUUGUACUGUGAACUUAUAAGCUAUGUUAGUUUUUGUGUAUAUGACUAGUGAACAACACUGAUUUUACUGACUGAGUCCAAAAUAAUACUAUAAUGACAGUGGUAAAUCAAGAGAUGUACACGCGCCGUAUUUCGCAUGCCGUGGCCAUUGUUGUAAAUAUUAAUUGUUAGCUUAUCAUAUAUAAUAAUGCAAUGGCCCAGCGAACAAAUGGCAUUUUCUACAUACUUUUCCCGCACGGAUAACGAGACAAUGACUAAAGAAUCAAUGAUAAUCUCGAAUAAUCGCAUAGCUAGCUACCUUUUGCGCUUUCUUUUGUCCGUGAUCAGAUUGAAGCUAAGGCAGUUGAAAAAUCUUCAUAUUUAAUAUGACGAUAAUAAAUGAUUAUUAUCUUGCAAUGAAUCACUGAAGCGCUUUCUUGCAUAGCGUGACUUAUAGUUGAGGUUCUAAAAAUCUACCUUUAGAAAUAUCCACCCGAAAACGUUCUGUGAAUCGAGUGUCGAUAGUGGUCAAUAAACGAGAAUUAUAUGUGUACAC